ACUUUUACUCAAGUAUGGACAAUUAGGUAAUUUUUCAUCAUGGUCAGAUACAGUUAGCCUGAUAAACUUUACUGCAUUUAUCUAAUGACUUCAAUCUCACGAUUUUGUCCUAUCUGGCCAUGGUCUGUCAGCAGGCAUUUGCCCCUCCACCCCAUCCCUGCCUGGGGUAGUCUUCUCCUCGGCUCACCUUCAACCCAGCCUUAGGCCACAGGCGCCUGACCUUCAUACCCAAAGAGCACAGAGUGGUGACCAAGACGACGUCCUCCGCAUGCCAAAACGGCCGCUUUGACAUCAGCCAGUGGAUGGCGGAGCAGGAGUUCAGUGAAGGCUGCCACUAUUGGGAUGUAGAUACGUCAGCGAGCGUGGGCUGGGCCGUCGGGGUUUCCUACCCCAGCAUCGGCCGCAGAGAUCAGCUGGGUCGCACAGCCAASUCCUGGUGCCUGGAGUGGAGCAGGAACAAGCUGUGCUACUGGCACGAUAACAUAGAGGAGUUUAUCAAACAUGGCUGCCCCAGUAUCAUUAGACUUGCUCUGGAUGUGACGAAUGGGACCUUGUCAUUUUAUAGCCUGUCUGACAGUCAGACUCUGCUGCAUUGUGUGGAGGAGGGAUUCACAGAGCCAGUGAGGCCAGUGUUCUGGCUGUUUGGGCUGAAGGUUAACAAUGCUUUGGCCUUUCCUCCUUGCAUGUCAUAAGGAUAUGUGAGGAUGGGGACAACUGAGUUGUCUGUUUAUGAGUGAGAUAAAUAAAAUUACAUAUUUAGUCAUUAAUAUAUUUAGCACAAUAUUCKUAUUAGAGGUCAAAAUAAAAUGACAAUCACCUAUA